UGCAGAAACGUCUGACGUUGUUUUGGCGCCGAACGUUUCAAUCGCUUUUCUGCGCGGGUAAUGUCCUUUUGUUGUUAGCUAAACACGAACUUUAAUUGUAGUGUAUAACCAGUAAUUUACUACAUCAGAAAACUACAAGACAGCAUGCAGCGAAGUAUAUCAUCUUUCUUUCAGCCCAAAACGGGCAAAGAGAAGGAGAGCAAAAAAAGUGAUGGACCGGGGAAAGACGAGCCGGUGAAAGACAAGCCAGAACCAAUCAAAAGGCCUCUCAAAGUUCAGAAUGGGGUCCAUGAGGAGCCUGAUUCGCCAGUGAAGAAGUUCACUAAACGCAGUCGUCAGAUCUUGGACAGUGAUGAUGAGGCUCCAGCCGGAAUAGAACAGGAGCCAGAGGACAAGGCUGUGCAACCCAAGGAUGAAGUAUUCAAGGCUGUUACCAACCCCCUGUCCCCCGCCUCUCCAGUGACCUCAUCCGCCUCCCCCACCCCUGGAACCCCUGACACCCCCACUUCCAUCUCACCCUCCGGAAUACCCAAACGCCGCACCGCCAGGAAGCAGUUCCCCAAGAGAAAGCUGGACAGCAGGAGUGGCAGUGAAAAGGAGGAGGAAGAACAAGGACAGCAGAAUAAAAGGGCAAAGGUUGAGGAGACGCAGGACAGCACCGAGAAUGAAGAGGAAGCGAUGGACGUGGGAGGAGAGAACAGUGUGGAUAAGCCUGAGGUGGCGCAGAACGACCCGGAGGGGAAAGAGAUGGAUGAAGAGAAGACCAAAGAUGGAGAGAAGGAGAAAGCACUUUAUGUGAAAGCGACCGAGGAGGAAAAAGGAAAAAGUGAAAAGGAUAAAGAGAGAAGUCCUAAGGGUCAAAAGGUUAAAGAGAGAAGUCCUAAGGGUCAAAAGGUUAAAGAGAGAAGUCCUAAGGGUCAAAAGGUUAAAGAGAGAAGUCCUAAGGGUCAAAAGGUUAAAGAGAGAAGUCCUAAGGGUCAGAAGGUUAAAGAGAGAAGUCCUAAAGAGAGAAGUCCUAAAGAGAGAAGUCCUAAAGAGAGAAGUCCUAAAGAGAGAAGUCCUAAAGAGAGAAGUCCUAAAGAGAGAAGUCCUAAGGGUCACAAGGCGGUAAAGGAUAUGAAAGAAGAGAAAUUGUCAGAAAGCCCCCAAGCCAAAAAAGCCCCCACCAUCAACAGUUUCUUUGCUCCCAGGAAGGCUGCUGUAAAGAUGGAGAGACCAGAGAAGAGCGAGGGAGAGGGAAAGGAGAAGAGCGAGGGAGAGGGAAAGGAGAAGAGCGAGGGAGAGGGAAAGGAGAAGAGCGAGGGAGAGGGAAAGGAGAAGAGCGAGGGAGAGGGAAAGGAGAAGAGCGAGGGAGUUGGAAAGAAGAAGAGCGAGGGAAAGGAGAAGAGCGAGGGAAAGGAGAAGAGCGAGGGAAAGGAGAAGAGCGAGGGAAAGAAGAAGAGCGAGGGAAAGGAGAAGAGCGAGGGAAAGGAGAAGAGCGAGGGAAAGGAGAAGAGCGAGGGAAAGGAGAAGAGCGAGGGAAAGGAGAAGAGCGAGGGAAAGGAGAAGAGCGAGGGAAAGGAGAAGAGCGAGGGAAAGGAGAAGAGCGAGGGAAAGGAGAAGAGCGAGGGGUAUAUAAAGGAAGAGGCUACUGGGUCCCGUACCACGGAGGACGUUAAAGACAAGAAAGGAGAGAAGACUGCCCAGGCCCAGUAUGACCCGUCCAGACCCAACUACCACCCCGUAGACCACGCUUGCUGGAGCCGGGGACAGAGGGUCCCGUAUUUGGCUGUUGCACGCACCUUUGAAAAGAUUGAGGAAGAUUCUGGCAGAUUGAGGAACAUUGAAACAUUAUCAAAUCUCCUACGCUCUGUUAUCAUCCUCUCUCCAGAGGACCUGCUGUGCUGCGUCUACCUGUGUCUCAAUCAGCUGGGUCCUGCUUACAUGGGGCUGGAGCUGGGAGUGGGAGAAACUGUUCUGAUGAAGGCUGUCGCCCAAGCUACUGGGCGACAGUUGGACAAAAUCAAGGCGGAGGCUGCAGAGAAGGGGGACUUGGGGUUGGUGGCUGAGAGUUCCCGUAACAACCAGAGAAUGAUGUUCCAGCCAGCCAAUCUGAUUGCAGGGGGUGUGUUCAACAAACUGAAAGACAUCGGGAACAUGAGUGGGAAUUCUGCCAUGAAUAAGAAGAUUGACAUCAUCAAAGGUCUCUUUGUAGCCUGUCGUUUCUCUGAAGCCAGAUACAUUGUCAGGUCGCUGGCAGGGAAGCUGAGGAUUGGCUUGGCUGAACAGAGUGUACUGUCUGCCCUGAGUCAGGCCGUGUGUCUGUCUCCUCCAGGACAAGACUUCCCCCCGGCGGUGAUUGACGCAGGGAAAGGAAUGAGUGCAGAAAAACAGAAAGCUUGGAUAGAAGAGAAGAGCCUUCUCCUCAAACAGACUUACUGUGAGAUGCCCAACUAUGAUGUCAUCAUCCCAGUCAUUCUGAAGGAGGGGAUUGAUGAACUCCCCAAACACUGCAAACUCACUCCAGGUGUACCAUUGAGGCCCAUGCUGGCUCACCCCACCAAAGGUGUAGGAGAGGUGAUGAAGAGAUUUGAUGAAGCCGCCUUCACCUGCGAGUACAAGUAUGAUGGAGAACGAGCACAGAUCCAUAUCUUGGAGAACGGGGAAGUGCGUAUUUUCAGUCGUAACCAGGAGGAUAAUACCACCAAAUAUCCUGACAUCAUCUCUCGCAUUCAUACGGUAAAGAAUGAGUCUGUGAUAUCCUGUGUGUUGGACACUGAGGCAGUAGCUUGGGACAGAGAGAAGAAACAGAUCCAACCGUUCCAGGUUCUCAUCACACGGAAGAGAAAGGACGUGGCUGCAGCUGAUAUCAAGGUCCAAGUGUGUGUUUACGCCUUCGACCUGCUGUAUCUCAAUGGAGAGUCUCUAGUGAAGCAGCCCUUGUCAUGUCGCAGGGCUCUGUUGAAGAAGAGCUUCCAGGAGAAGGAGGGAGAGUUUGUGUUCGCCCGCGCCAUCGACUCAGACAACACAGACGCCAUAGCUGAGUUCCUGGAGCAAUCGGUUCGAGACUCCUGUGAGGGACUCAUGGUGAAGACUCUGGAGAAAGAUGCCACGUAUGAAAUCGCCAAGCGCUCUCACAACUGGCUCAAGCUGAAGAAGGAUUAUCUGGAUGGCGUGGGGGACACGAUGGAUCUGUGUGUGAUCGGAGCGUAUCUGGGGAAGGGCAAGAGAGCAGGGACCUACGGAGGCUUUCUGCUCGCCUGCUACGAUGAGGACAAUGAAGAGUUCCAGUCCGUCUGCAAGAUUGGGACAGGUUUCAAGGAUGAAGAUUUGGAGCAACAUUACAAAUUCUUAAAGGAGCAUAUUUUGCCAAAGCCCCGCCCCUAUUACCGUGUGGACCAAUCAACUGAGCCCGACUUGUGGCUCGAUGCCGUGCAAGUAUGGGAAGUGAAGUGUGCCGACCUAUCGCUGUCGCCGAUCUACAAGGCUGGCAUGGGAUUGUGUGACCCAGAGAAGGGCAUCUCUCUUCGGUUCCCACGCUUCCUGAGGAUCAGAGAUGAUAAGAAGCCGGAGGAGGCCACUUCAGGAGGACAGAUUGCUGAUUUAUACAGGAAGCAGCAGGUUGUUCAGAAUCAGGGUGACAAAGCUGACCUCGAGGACUACUACUGACCUCUGACCCGAUCAGCUGCCCGCCCAGUCGCCAUUAACUCGGGAGAAAUCUCAAUGUGUACAUAAUUAUUAUUAUUGUUUUUUUUUAAAUGAUGAACCUGAAAAGGCUCUGCCAAUGCAAAAAUGAAAGCGAAGACCCUGUGAACAGCUGUGUUUCUAGAUAUAUAGGCUUUGCCAAUGUUAUGACGUUAAACAGUUUGUUGUUGUACCUAAGGCUUAUUUUGUGGGGGGAUCGUAUUCACACCAGUAUAAAGUACAGUUGUCAAUGACUCAAAUAAAUCACCAUGAUGUAUGUGAAUAAAGACUUUUGCCAAUCUUA